AUGGCCCUACAAGAGCGUCCGGACCCUCAUCACAUCCAUCGGGGCACCAUCACCUCGGUCCCCGACGCGGACACUCACUCGGCCAGCAGCAACACGGCCAUGUCCCCGGCGCACCACCACCACCACCACCACAACCACCACCAUCGGUCCCUCCUCUCGGCCACGGACGCGGCUCUCAACUUCGCCGCCAGCUUCCACCGCGACGCCCAGGCCUGCCGCGGCACGCUGGAGCGGCGCCGGCUGCACGAGACGUACCGCGACAAGAUCCUCGCCGUCGACGGCAUUGCCGCCAACGUUGCCGCCGCCCUGCUGCCGCUCCUCCGCGGCACGGUCCAGAACAGCUUGGAACACCACGAAGACGACAACGACGACGAAAAGGACGACUACGGCGUAGGCACAGGCACCAGCACAGACAACGGCAACAACCCCAGCCGUUGGAGCGAGUUCGACCGCCUCGCGCAGCGCGGGAGGAGGAUGCGCGACCGCGAGAGCCAGCACCUGCAGCACCGGUCCGGCAUCAUCGCCGCCUGGGGCCCCGAGUGCUUCGGCCACUACGGCUGGCACGCGCUGCCGCUGCCCCUGCUGCGCCAGCUGCACGACCUGGCCGUGCUGGUGCCGCGGUGGGGGGACGUCGUCGAGCUGCUCAACGCCAAGAUGCUGGAGCGCCACGAGCUGCGCGUCGUCGGCGGCCGGAACAAGGCGCUGAGGGUCGGCGAGCACUCGCCGGCGUCCAAGGUGCAGGCGGCCCACUCGCCCGUCGAGCGGUCGGACAUCCUGGCGGCCCUCGAGUGGGCGCAGACGAGAGUUGUGUCAUCGUCAUCGUCGUCGUCGUCGUCGGCAGCGGCGGCGCGGCGGGGGGUGAAGAGGGCGGCGCGGCGGAUCAACGGGGCGCCGAUCCGGGAGUUUGGGCUGAAGCGGGAUGCGUUUGGCAUGGUCGUGCCAUUGAACGAGUGUGAGACGGAGGACGAGAAGGACGAUGUCGAGGAGGAUGAAGAUGAGGUUGAUGAGGUUGAUGAGGAUGCGGAGGAUGUCGAGGAAAACGCCAACGACGGCCACAGUAUCGUUGGUCACCUCACCCGGCCGACGAAGCGGACCAGACUCUCAGCGUCGUCCACCAGAUACGGUCUCUCCGUCUCUCCGGAUGUCCAGAAAAGCCGUGAGACUCGUCAUGGUAGAGCUCGUGGCAAUCACAGCCCCGGUUCCGAGCCGGAAGACCUUGAAGAGUCUGAACUGCUGGAACAGUCUGAAGAAUCAGGCGCAGAGACCGGAGAUCAGGCUUUCGGGGAUGAGUCCGGCGACAGUGACCGCAUAUCCCCCGGUGCAUCACGGAUGACGGAGCAGGGAAUGAAGAACGAUAUUUACGCCGUUACAGGGACGAAAGAACAUUCUAUCCUCAGCAACCGGCCUGGAGUUGUGCAAGAGGCUCGGAUGGGCGGUACAGCUGGUCGAGGCGUAAAGGUAAACACACCCAGUCCCGCAUCUUGGCCAGAGGACGAGGAAACGGUCUCGGUGGCCGACGAACAACCGCGAGAUGCAACCAGGCCGGAGAGUACAGAAACAGGGGUCGAAAGCGAAGAAGAAUCUGGUGGAGACGAAACCAUGGCUUCAAGAGCGGCGAAAGACGGGGCGGAGGAAGAGACGACAGGGACCUCCAAGAGCCAGGACAAGCACCAUUUCGGCUUCGAAGACUCGGACGAUGGAUAUCAGGGGGACAGAGGAAAUUCAGAAACUGCUGUGGCGCACCAGCAAGGAAUUCAAGAGGAAAUGACCCCCAGGGCAAUCUUCCCGGGACCUACCCCGGUAUCGGAUGCGGUUCCCGGACAGAGCCGGGCAGGGAGACCAUCGGCGCUUCAAGGCCCGGCGAGUCACCCGGUGGCAGACCGAACGCUUACAUCGUCACUCAAUACUGGGGCAGCGGUCUCGAAACUGGGACACUACCUAUCUCCACCCCUUACGGGCGGUUCCGAGGGCACCGGACAGACUCCGGCAGCGCCGGGAUCGGGCCCGGUCUCCACCGGAAGCAGUUCGCCACUACUUCCACCACCACUACCACAGCAACAAACACAGCAACAACAACCAAAACAGCAAACGAUACUCCAAGAUCUGCAGGCCCGUCACACGGAAACCAUCCGCCGGCUCAUCAAAGACCUUUGCCGACCGCACGCCUCAGAAGAGGUCUCCCGCCACCGCCGCCUACAACUCGACUGGCUAGGCCGGGAGCGCUGGGCGCGCAUCUACGCCGCGCCGGACCCCUGCGGCCGCCGUCUGGGCCGCGGUUGCGUUUCGUCGCCCGACGAAGCCGACGUGUGGUACUUCACCUGGGCGUCCUUCCGCGAGCACGCCGAGGCCGGCGGCGUCUUCGGCCGCCCCGUCGUCGUCCGGCAGGAGUUCCAGGACAGCGGCGCCUACGACGUGGUCGACUACGUCGACAUGCUGUGGCAGCGGUUCCCCGAGAAGCAGGUCGACGUGCAGGACGGCGCGACGGGCGCCACCUCGUCCAUGAGCCUGGCCGAGUACUGUCUGGCAGUGGCCGACGUCGACCUCGGCUCGGCCGACGCCGCGGCGGCCAUCAGCAGCGUCACGAACCUCCGCCGGCUGGCGCGCGCCGAUGAGCCGCUGCUGAGCAGGCUCCCGCGGUUCCGGCUCCUCUCGACGCUCGCGGACCGCGUCGCGGGCACGGUAGGGCGGGGCGGGCACUUCAUCAUGAACGACGUCCAGGGUUGUCUGGGCUUCGACCUGCUCUCGUUCGCCGGGGCGUUCUCCGGGUCGUACGUGGAUCCCCUCGUCGGCAGCUGGACGCGGUGCCUCUCGGGGGUGCAGAUUGUGGCGGUGGCGACGGACCUCGACGACGCGGACUGGCGGGGGUUCGCGCGGGAGGGCCGAGGCUGGGCGCCGCCGGGCGGGGUGGGCGGCCGGUUGAUGGUGCUCGAGCAGGACGACGUGCUCUUCAUGCCGCCGGGCCUGCGGGCCGUGCGGGCAACUUUCACGCCGGAGCCGUGUCUGAUGGAGGGCGGCAUGCUGUGGGACGAGUGCAGCAUCGGCGAGAUUCUGGAGGGGCUCGUCUGGGUCGUCGAGAACCGGGCGUACGCGGAUGAUUCCAUCCACGUGGCUUUCCAGCUUUUCCCGCUCGUCGACGCCUUGGAGAGGUGGCUGGAUGACGAGAACUACGUCGGCCGGCCGUCAAGCCAGGCCGCGGCGGCCGAGCGGUAUCAGACGGUCAAGGCCGGGAUCCGGACGCUGCGAUCCCUGCUGCGGGUGACUCUGUGA